GAAGAAGAAAAAAAGAUGCUGCUUUCUGUCCUUAAAAGCCCCCUGGGCAAGCAUCAUGAUUCCACCAGCUUUCGUCAGCUGUUAUGUCCAGACCCCUCCUGUGAGGUGUGUAAUGAUGCAACUGCUGAGAUGGAUCAGCUGCUCUUCUCAGAGACCUUGCAAGGUGCUACUCCCUCUGUGUCCUCUUUGGCUUCUGCAGCUCCUGUGACUGAGUCAUUGUUCACUCUGUCCCCUGCCUUCUCAGCAGUCCCUCCAGGAGAGCCAAUACCACCUCCUCUGUCUGAGCCUUUCCCACCACCCCUCUCCAAUCUCUCUCCUAACCCAAUAACCCCCUUAAGUGAUUUUGCAUCAUCAUCACCACCAGAUCACUCUCUGCCAUCAGAGCCUUUGCCUCCUCUCAAAUCUAAACUGACAGUGGAUGAUUCCCCGUUCCAAACCCUCGCCUUUCCCUCUCUCCCACCACAUGAAACUCAGAGCUCGAAUACUUUUCUGACCCUGAAUACCAUCGUUAUUGAUGCCUCCAUUACCCAAGACAUCAACCCCUUCCCAGAUUUGGGCCUGACUUCGAAUGCCACAGCAUCAGUGACUUAUCAUGGCCCACCAAUCAUGUCUGUUUCACCACCACCACCACCACCACACUUCAGUUUAACUGUGACUCAACCUAAAUCCAUUCACAUCUCUUCCAAGCCUGCUCUAGAGAACUCUACUCCAGACAGCACUGAGGCAUUGUCUACUUAUGUCCCUCAAGGCACUGACCAUACAAAACUGUCAAUUUCACACUUUUUCUGUCAGAAAGCUUGUGUCAGAGACCCAUUGCUGUUCACCUUGGCACAAGAUGAUUUCAGUCAAGUUCAGGAUAUGGGAUAUGACUCUGAGAAAGACCUAAACACCGACAUAAUGAGUCUGUCAGGAGCAAAUUCAUUGAUGUCAGGGCAGAAUAUAAGGCAGAGACAACCAGAAAAUGUCUCAAGAGCACAGUUGAGCAAGAAAUCUGAGGAAAACAAUGAGGGUCAGCUCCCUGCAACUGUGCAUAGUCCAUGGCAUGCUAUCCAUCAGACAUUUUCUGGGCAAUACCACAACAAAAUAAAACAGAGAUGUUUGGCACUAUCAGCGGGUGGGGAAAACUGCCUUAACACCUGCAAUGAGCUUCCUUUCCUUGAGUGCAGUGAACAGCAGAAACUGGAAGCCCACAUUACCAAGUUUCAUUUGAGGAGGAUGUGGGCCCUUCUAGCCAAAGUCCUAAAAUCCAUAAAAAUCUUUAAAUUGAGGGGUACUUCUUCCCAUUCCCUGUCUGAUUCCAAAUCUUCCUCUUCAACCAAUCUGAUUUCUGAGAGGGAUUCCAAAUCUAGGAGCUUCCAGCCUGUUAGAAAAAUCUCUAAAACCCUGAAUCAGCCUCACCCUGUCACCUCACUUAUGGGCAAGGAAGGACAGAUGACCCUUAGACAAGCACCCCUUAAUAUUGCCCAUGGGCUGGCAGGGGAGGUUCAGAGAAUUCAGGUUGCCCUACAGACUCUUCUGCCUGUUACAAACAGCAUCACUGGCAAAGAAAGUGAGAGACAUACUCCAAGAGCCAACAUUUGUCCCCCAAAGCUGUCCAUAAGGCAAGGUGGGGAUGGACAUGGACCAAAGAAUCAAAGAGUAAAUUCCAGUCACGGCAAAAGGAUGAAGAAAUCAGAACCUGUCUCCAUGCCCAACGUGUCCAGGGCUGAGGAGCUUGAUGCUCUUCAACCCAAAAUGAAUGACAUCUUGACAACCAGCAAGCUGGGAAUUUCUCAAAGGUUAAAUGUGAAUGAGAGUAAAGGAGUAACUACUGUGACAACUAAAAGCCUCCCAGGGAAAACAUCAGUUUUCCAAGAUCUUAAAUCAGCAAACCCUCAGAAUCAACUAUCUGAGACAAAAUGGAAGCUCGAGAACAGGAAGCAGAGCCAGGCCCAAGGCCAACACACUCAUGUGUCCUAUGCCUCAGACAGCUUGACUAACAAAGCCUCCCUGAUUCAGGUUCAGGGUGUCUCCAGUGUGGACAAGUCUCCCCAGACCCCAUUACAGAAGGCACAGUCUCUUCCUGAAAGUCUGUUCAGAAAUCAAAUAAGCCGCUUUUUUCAAUGGCUUCAUCCUGAGAUAAAAUGCCAAGAGCAAGAAUACUCUCAGGAAAAGGGCAGCCCCCUAUCAUCUACACAGAGCAGAGGCCCAGUUAAAAGUAAAGUAGACACUGGGAGUUUUCUAGAGGAGAAACUAGGGCAUGCAGUAGAUAUCAGCUGCCCUCAAGAGCCCCUUCCCUCUGCAGUGAAGACUGAGAAUGGUCAGCAGAAGGCAGCAGUGUGUGCCCCAGCAGAGCCUGUCCAGGGGCAUCCUUUCAACUGCAGGACUCCCUCCUUUAAAGAGACAGAUACCAAGUCCGAUGGCCAAGAAGCUGUCUUCGGAGACAAGGACAGACUCUCCCAGAAAGUUUUGGCAUUUAAGGACAAGCUAUUCAAUCAGAAGCAGCCCCAAUCUGUGCCCUGGAGGAGGACUGUACCUCAUCCAAGCCCUACCUGCAGGCCUGCAGCUGCCCGGGGGCCUCCUGCUCUCACCACUGCUGGAGGUGUAGUAGAGAUCAAUGUCUACUAUGCAGACAGCAACCACCUCUACAGAAUUUCCAGGGAAAGAAGAUUUCCCACCCCCAAAUAA